AUGCCUGCAUGGAGGAUGCUCUCAGAAAUCAAAUCCAACUUAAUUACAAGUUCCUCAGCUGGAAUGAAAGGGGAAGAUUAUGUUGGCAUCAGACUAUGAGAAAAAGGAUUUGGUCCAAGAGGACAAAGGCAGUCCACCUUUCUAGAUGACAUGGUCUAUUAUAACUUAGCCCUCAGUGUUGCUUUGAUGUUUGACUCAGAUGCUCAGACUACACUGACAAGAGAGAAAAUGGAUUUUGCAGCUCACAACCAAUACACAUAUCCCAACCAAGUUGAGAGAGAAGCUAUGAUAUUAUCUUCAUAUGGUGGAAUACUAAUUAACAGCAUUCCUAUAGAAAAGAUCUCUGAGAUUUACAGCAUGAGACCCACAGCAACACACUGGCAGAGCUCUGCAAAAGACCACUGGAUUCAACCUUUCAAGAUCUCCCUGCAUCUGUCUGCCAUGCUGAGUGCCCCUGAAGCUGCAGAGCAUGCCUGGAAGCAAAGCAUCAAGUACCAGACACCAACAGCACAUCAAAAGCAAGGCCCUCAUUCAGCAAGGAGAGCUAAAAAGGACUGCAAGCAACUGGACAGUGUGACCAGAGGAAAGCAACACGGUGACAAACUAGCUACAGAAGCAAAACAAGGAAUCUCUCCAAGGAAGCCUGGAACAAACUCAAAAGUGAGGAAAGCAAAUGCAGCAAAGACACAACAAAGACCUAGACUUCGUGUACUUCACUUAGUUGUAGGUGAGCUAACUGAUGUCUUCUACCUUAGCUUUAUAAUACAUUUGCAACUUGUGUUUUAGUUGGGGUUUUGUUUGUUUUUAAAUCUUCACAGCCAUUCCUUCCUUUCCACCCUCAUAUCUUGCAUCUCAGACAUCCAUUCCUCCUUAAGACAUUAGCCACUUCUCUCCUGCUUCCUCCUGCCAGUAUUUUGGGAGUUUACAUUCUCCCAGUGCAUCCCUACUGCUCCUCAAGGCACUACGCUACUUUUACAGAGACAAUGAGCGGAUGCAGCACUUCAGAAGCAGGGAAUACACACUUUCCCUUUUCCACAGUGCUUUGCAACUCCCAUACAUGAUCCAGGGUUGGGCAGGAUGAUGUGGCCUGCGCCUCUCAGCUCUCUCCUUUAACCAUCCUGCUUUCCUAUUUUGGUAAAGGGCUCAGCUAAAGAAAAAUCAUCUCCCUGCAGUGCCAAGUAGCUCUGAAGUCUAUCUUCCAAUCCCCAUUUUUACAUCUCUAAUGGUUUACCUCGUAUGUCCAUGCUGUGCUGCCUAACAACACUCCCCAUUCCCUAGAUGGGCUGUCACUAAUCACAGCUCAAUAUAUUCACAAAUUACAAAUUAACUGGUGAGUCUCCAUUGAAACAAAUUCAGUAGAACCAUACGCAGCAGCCAGUGACAGGACCUGAGCAAAUUUUAUCCCAACUCAAACAGAAUCAGUCUGACCCCUUAAAAGCCAAAUCAGAGAGAAACUGUAUUUUGAAAUGAGGUCAUUUCAAGAGGGGAGGAGGGGAUAUUGCUGCUGAGCCCAUGAGAGAGCAAUGGUGAGGGGGUGGUUAAGA